UGAAGUCGGCCCGCUCCUCAAUUUGGCCCAUGGAUCGAAGCGGGUCGAUCCUAAAAGGAAAAGGGUCAAAAGGAUCACGAACCUAUCGAUCCGUGGUACCCCGUGCCCCUAGGGUCGGACCUCCUCGGCCGCGGCGCUAUCACCGCGCAGCGGCGGCGGCGGAGCCGGUGAGGAGGGCCUUGGUGGCGCAGAUGGAGGUGAGGUUGUUGCCGGAGCCGGCGGCGGUCGGGGAGGAGUCGGCGGAGCUCCCGCUGGUGGCGCAGGUGGAGCAGCGAAGGAGGUCGACCUCGAAAGGGGUGGUCCUGCCUUCAUCCCAUUCACCCCCAAAUACCUCACUUCGCCACCACGAUGAGCACCAUCGAGGCCCGGAUCACACCCCUCUCCCUCCUUAUGCUGAUCUUUGCGAAAUCCCUACUCUUGCGACCGAAUAUCGUGUGGUCGACAGAAGCCCAACUGGCACAAGCACUAAUGAUGGUUUCGAUGAACAUAUUGACAUGUGUGAUGUUGAGGCUGACAAUAGCCAUGGCCAGUCUGAGGGGAUCAAUCCAUCAAUCCAAGCAGCAAUUGAUAGGGCAACCAAAAAUUUCAGAUCUGCUUGCUGGAAAGAAUUUGAACCAAUAAUUGAAGAUGGGGUGGUUGUGCAAGGCAGGUGCAAACAUUGUGAUACUCUGAUGGCUGCCAAACGUGGUGCAGGCACAAGUUCUCUUCUAACCCACUUGAGAAGAUGUAAGAAACGGAGCAGGGCUCUCAGAAUAGUGCAGGACUUGAGUUCUACAUUGAGGUCUCCUUGUGGCACUAGUUUGAAGGAUUGGAGCUAUGACCCAGAUGUAUCACGGAGUUUGCUUAUGCGGAUGAUAUCAUUACAUGAGAUUCCCUUCCUCUUUACAGAAUAUGAUGGAUUUAGAAGCUUUGUGGCAAGUCUCAACCCAUUGUUCAAAGUGCCAUGCAGAACUACAGUUAGGAAUGGUUGCAUUAAAGCCUUUCAUGAGAAGAAGGUUGCACUCAAAGAAACAUUGAAGAAUGCAAGAUGUAGGUCCUCGUUGACUACGGAUAUGUGGACAAGCAACCAAACACUUGGGUACAUUGUUGUAACUUGUCACUUCAUUGAUAUGGACUGGAGGUUGCAAAAAAGGAUAAUCAAGUUUAUCGAUGUGAAAACACCCCACACUGGAAAUGAGCUUUUGAACAAUAUUCAAAACUGCAUUCAAGAUUGGUCAAUAGAAGAUAAAUUAUUUGCAAUAACACUUGACAAUGCUGCAGCAAAUGGUACAAUGAUGGACUUGUUGAAGCAUAAUCUGGUGGACAAGAAAUUGAUACCAGCAGAAGGGAAGUUGCUUCACCACCGGUGUGUGGGGCAUGUCAUCAAUCUCAUUGUCAAGGAUGGGCUCAAAGUUGUGGAAUCUGUUGUUGAAAACAUUCGUGAAAGUGUAAAGUAUAUUCGUUCUUCACAAUCACGUAAACAAAUGUUCAAGGAAAUAAUUGCAGCAGAAGGGAUUACAUGCAAGAAGAAGCCUGGUCUUGACAUUACCACAAGAUGGAACUCAACGCUGUUGAUGCUGAAAACAGCUCUGAAGUACAAAGUUGCUUUUGAGAAGUUAAAAAGUGAGGAUCAAAAGUACACAUAUGCUCCAUCUGAAGAGGAAUGGGAGAAGGCUGAGGUUCUCUGUAGGCUGCUGAAGGUCUUUAAGGAUGCAACAGAUGUCAUAUCUGGUACCAAAUAUCCCACCUCCAAUCUCUAUUUCCAUCUGAUGUGGAAGAUCAAGUUAGCUUUGCAACAAGAGUACUCAGGUAAAAUUGCUGAAAUUGUCACAGUGUUAGAAGCAAUGAGGUCAAAAUUCAACAAAUACUGGAAUAAGUCAUAUAUAGUGCUCUGUGUACCUGUUGUGUUUGAUCCUAGGUUUAAGCUAAAAUUCAUUGACUUCCUUUUCAAGGAAUCAUUUCCAAAGAAAGCCAAGCAAAGAUUUGAAAGGGUUGAGAGUCUAGUCCGUCAGUUGUUUCAAUCAUAUUCUUCUCAAGGAAAGGAGUCCAAUGCAACUGAACAAGGUGCUGCGCAAAGUGUUGAGCAGGCAGUGCCUUCCAUGAAGAAUGAUCCAUGGGCUGUUUGGGAUCGACAGCUUAGUAGUGAUCUUCAAUCCCAGAUGACCACGGAGCUUGAUAGGUAUUUGGAGGAGAACCCAAUACCACGUUCUCAAGAAUUUGACAUUUUAAAGUGGUGGAUGGGUAAUGCAACCAAAUAUCUAAUUCUAGCCUGCAUAGCAAGGGAUCUGCUAGCCAUCCCAGCUUCUUCUGUAGCUGCGGAAUCUGCUUUUAGCACUAGUGAACGAAUAAUCAGUGACUUCCGUAGCAGCUUGACGCCUGAGGCUGUUGAAGCACUGAUUUGCACCCAGGACUGGUACCGGGCAGAAGGUAAAUCAACAGAGUUUUCUAUGGCGUCCAUCAAUGACUUCAUAAUGGGCGAGAUGGUAACUGAACUGCAAUAAGCUGACCUUCCUAGUCUUUCAUGAUAUAAGUCUUUGAUGGAGCUCUUGUUACUGUGAAAGGUCCUCAUCAUUAUUGACUGCCUUCUCUGAGGAUUGCGCUCUGAAACUUCCGAAACCCUGUUAUUUGUGGCUUUAAAUUAUUAUACUUUUUAGUUGUGAAGUACAAGUUUUCCUUCUUAGGUCAGACUUAUAGUUCAAUUGUAGCGAGCUGUAUGAAAUGUUGAAUCUGUCCAUCCAUGCCGAUCAUUUGACACUGCAGCGCAUGAAUGAAAUUGGAGAUAACUUGCUGAUGUCUGUUU